GGAAGGCGGUGAUAGAAGCUCUCGGGGCUGCACCAGGCUCUGGGGGUCCGCAGUACGGUCAGGGCCGGGCUCCCCCAGUCCUGGGGCGCCUUACACCCCGACCCUCCCUGCACCCGCAGUUUCCCGAAGCCCUCCGUUCUCCUGGCGAGGGGCGGGAACACAGGGUUCGCCUUGCUCUGAAACUCCCAUGGCCCCCAAGGCCCAGCAAAUACCAAAGUCAGGCAGGGUCGAGGCAAAAGAAAUCCACUGCCGGUUCGGAGUUGAUGCCGCGAUCACUCAGCCUUGGAGCCCUUUGUCCCUUCAACUUUUGCAAAGUUGAAGCUGGGCAGGUCUCCAAAGACUCAAGCAGCCACAACAAUCCCGCAGUUCAAAGUUAAGCAGCAGUUGCACAACUUCCAGCAGCUCUCUCAGCCGGCUCCUAAUGAGCUGAAAGCCAGGAGAUUCUGAAGAGGUGAAGAGCAGAUUCAGCCUAGAAGUUGAGAUCCGGCCCCAGCCCCGAUCUCUCUGAGGUACCGUCCUAGGAACCUGCUCGCCAGAGGGACCAUGGCUCCUUUCGGAAGAAACUUGUUAAAGACUCGGCAUAAAAACAGAUCUCCAACUAAAGACAUGGAAUCAGAGGAGAAGGAAAUUGUGGUUUGGGUUUGCCAAGAAGAGAAGAUUGUCUGUGGGUUGACUAAACGCACCACCUCUGCUGAUGUCAUCCAGGCCUUGCUGGAGGAACACGAGGCUACUUUUGGAGAGAAGCGGUUCCUGCUAGGAAAGCCCAAUGACUACUGCAUCAUCGAGAAGUGGAGAGGCUCCGAACGGGUUCUUCCUCCGCUAACUCGAAUCCUGAAGCUCUGGAAAUCAUGGGGAGAUGAGCAGUCUAAUAUGCAAUUCGUUUUGGUUAAAGCGGAUGCGUUUUUCCCAGUUCCCUUGUGGCGGACAGCUGAAGCCAAAUUAGUGCAAAACACAGAAAAACUGUGGGAGCUCAGCCCAGCAAAUUACAUGAAAACAUUACCACCGGAUAAACAAAAAAGAAUCGUCAGAAAAACAUUCCGGAAAUUGGCUAAAAUCAAGCAGGACACGGUCUCUCACGAUCGUGAUAAUAUGGAGACGUUAGUCCACCUGAUUAUCUCCCAGGACCAUACUAUUCAUCAACAAGUGCAGAGAAUGAAAGAGUUGGAUCUGGAAAUCGAAAAAUGCGAGGCUAAGUUCCACCUUGAUCGUGUAGAAAAUAAUGGAGAAAAUUAUGUUCAGGAUGCAUAUUUAAUGUCCACUUUCAGUGAAGUUGAGCAGAAACUAGACUCACAGCCCGAGGAAAAUCAGACUCUGGAGGACUUGAGUGAAAGUGAUGGAAUUGUACAGUUGGAAGAGCGUCUGACAUAUUACAGAAUGCUCAUUGAUAAGCUCUCAGCUGAAAUUGAAGAAGAGGUGAAAAGUGUUUGCUUUGGAAUAAGCGAAGAUCCCGAAAGGGCAGCUACCGGUGAACUUGAAAACCCUAAUUUAGAUAGUGUUAAGUGUGAUUUGGAGCAAAGCAUGAAAGCUGGUUUGAAAAUCCACUCUCACUUGAGUGGCAUCCAGAAAGAGAUUAAAUACAGCGACUCAUUGCUUCAGAUGAAAGCAAAGGAAUAUGAACUCCUAGCCAAGGAGUUGAAUUCCCUUCACAUUAGCAAAAAAGAUGAAUGCCAUGUAAAGGAAAACAGAGGGAUGGAAUCUGAGGUUCCCUGCACCAGUGAGGAGGCGCCUCCCUUUACCCAAAAGGUCCUUAACGGGUACACAAAUGACACAGACUCAGACACUGGCAUCAGCUCUAACCACAGUCAGGACUCAGAAAUAACUGCUGGAGAUGUGGUGCUAUUAUCAACAUAAUUCACAUGGCUUUCUUCUCACCUGCUUUAAUGCUGUCUAUAUCUGUGCAAUUUAAUAUGCAACUAUUUCAAAAAAAAGAUCAUGCAUGUUAAAAUGUUCAAUAGGUAAUAAAAAGUAGUGAGGAUUUUUAUUUUUUUGGUAUAAGAUUUUCAGUGUGACUUUAUUAUAGGUUCAAGCAAUGAAUUAUUUAUUAGGAAUGCAGCAGAACUAGCUUAUCAGUGUAGAACUCAGAACUAAUUUAAUGGGAAUUAUUUGAUAAUCUCACAGCUUCUAUGGGCAAUGAUUUGUAUAAAUUUAAAAACAAUUCCUAAUAUUGCAAAACUAGUCACAUGUAGUAAUAGCAAAAUGCAUUGUAUUUUUUCCAACAAUGUGUCAUUAGAAUUUUCAUAUCUGUAAAGUACAUAACAGUUACUGUGUUGUAGCUCCCUUAAUUCAAGUCUUGGUUCUUUUAAUACUGAUGCUGUACAAUCUGCUCUAUCUAUCAUUUCCUGAAUGCUCCUACCUGUUUAUGCCUCUGUGACAGGUGGCUGUCAGGACAUGUAAGAGUAUUGGCAGUAGGUCAGAGCCUGUAUAGAUGAGGCAAAGCCAAGUGCAGCAUAAAAACAUUUUUUUCCUGUAAAAAGUACAAUAAUUAAAGAGCUAUGUAUCAGCUUUUCCUACUUGGAAAUUGAGAUAUUUUGAUCAAAUCAGUGUUCUUUGAAGGUUCCAGCUUAGAGGGGUAGUGUGAAUUAGAAACCAGGUGCUUAUCCACAUAGAGGAUGUGAUAAAAUUUAAAGUUGGUUGUGUGGGUAAAAUAGUGUUCCACCUCAUAUCAUUAUUAGAAAUUUGUCUCUGAAUGCAUGGGAGGGAAUGCACAGGGACGGAAGGUUUAUUCUGGUGUGUCGUAUUUUAGAUUGUCUUCGUAGUACUUCACCCAAACUGCUUAGGUGCGUUUUGUGCUUUAAGAAGUACUAACAACAUUUCAGACAUGCUAGUAGAAACUGAAGAGAUUGAAUAGAUUAUUGAGGUUCUGCCUUGACUGACAGUCGUUCUAGUGCCAGAUUAUACUUGGUUUUCCUUCACUUUUUAAUUAAGAAUCUUAUUUCUCCCCCUUGCCUUUUUGCCUUCCUUUCAUCUUAUCCACCUGCCUGUCUGUCUUCCUCUUUUCUCCUCUCUGCCUCUCCCUAUCGCGUUACCAUUAUUUCUCCCUUCCUUCCUGCCAGUGAACAUGUGAUUUAAUCAUAUUGGACAGAACCUUAUGCUUUUAUAGUACUGGCGGCUGAGUACUGCUGCAGUUUAUGUUGGUUUUGUUUUUUCAACUGACACCUUUCUUGUGUGCCUGGAUGUGUAAAUAGAAAUAUUAUUUUAUGUAGGCUUUAUAUGUGAAUAUCAGUUGAGAUUCCAAGUGUUUCGUGUUUCGUGCCUUUUUAUUC